CAACCCGGUCCUUGCGGCCCCUCCUCUUACCCGCCUAUAAGGCAGGUUAAAUACAUGUUAUUUUUGACAGUACCAAAACUCAAAGACUCCCCAUGAACCCCGCCCGUCCCUCAUGCCUAUGUCCUGGGUAAGAAAAAGAUGACUUUUGAAACCUAAUUCUUUCUGAAGAGGCUAGGAAUGUCAUUAACAUUGACCUUGCCGUCCAGAAUGCCGUCGACGAGCUUGAACAGAGGAUACUUGUCCUCGAUACCGCGCGCCCUCAAGAAGCUGCUGACUUCGCGCGAGGUCGAAAUGCCCUGCAGCUUCUGCCCGUUGAGCUCUGUACGCUCAAUCUCCUGAAUGGACACUCCGCGCUCAACCGCCAUCUUGGAGUACCGCCAGUUGCGGGCAGCGGUGCAGCUGACAAUCAUGUCGCCCCACCCGGCACUCUCCUCCCAGAGCGUUGCUGGCUGGAUGGUCUCGGGGUAGAACUCGCGAGCGAACUGGAUGAUCUCCAACAUGCCACGACGCAUGACGGCAGUCUUGGCAGUCAUGUUCCAGCCGUGACCCUCCACAAAGCCACAGGCAAUAGCGACGAUGUUCUUGAGCGCACCGCCAAGUGAGACACCCACCACGUCAGACACCAUCGAGACGGUGAAGUAAGGACGGCUGAAGAGUGUGUGAAGGACCUCGUGGUCCAGCGGGGGAUAGUCUUCCGGGACGGGUGUGAGCUUCGUCUUGACAAUCUGGCCACGAGAGUCGCGGUGCUCCUCAUAGGCCCCGUUGCCGUUGCCAUUGGCUUGCCCGUUUCCGUUGGCCACGUGGCGGUCGCAAGGAGGUGUGUUGUAAGCAAUGGUGGUCUCGCACCAGUUCUCGUUGGCGAUUUCGCUGGCAAUGUUGGCUCCGCUCAGGGCACCGCAAUAAAUCUCAAGCUGCUCGCCAAUGAACUCGCAGAUGAGUUCGAUCUUGUCGUCGGUUACGGUCACACCCUUGAUGCAGCUCACGCCGCGGGCAUAGGGGAGGAUCUUGCCCUUGAGUUGUCUGCAGAUGUUGUUGAUGAACUCGUGUGGAAAGUUGAAGAUGAGAAUGGUGGCGUCCUUGACAGCGUCCUCGAUGCUGGGGUUGGCGAUGAGGUUGGUCGGAAGGUUGAUGCCCUCGAGGUACUUUGUGUUUUGGUGCUUUGUGUUGAUGACCUCGGUCAGGUUCCGAGUCUCGCCGUCAACUCUCACCUUCUCCUCGUACACCCACAUCUGAACAUCCUUCUCGAAAACAUCUGGGUGCUCGCUCGUGCUCUCAGCGAUGACCUUGCCGACAGUGGUGCCCCAGUUUCCGGAUCCAAUCACUGCGACCUUGUGCUUGUGCGGAAAAGAGUCCGGUACGGUCAUUUUGGCGGAUUGAGAGUGUGUCGUACGGUGAGACGGCUGCUGCUUGUUGUUGAGAGUGAGAGGGGCAGCUAAUGACACAGCGAUGUUGGAACAGCCAAGCGGUGGAGCAAGACUAAGAGGGUCUAGAUUGUGGCAGCGGGGCGGGGUCGGACGAGGAGAGGGAGCGACGCCGCAGUGGUGAUCGGGAUUGGGAUUGUUGAGGAGGUGAGAUGAGAAAGCACGACUUUGCCGGCAAGUUCUGGCUUCGGGUGAGGGUCUGGCUUUGGCUUUGAGAAUGGGGUACCGGGAUGGGCCGCUAUGCGAGUGGAUAUUCCGACAGGAAAAAUGGGGCAGGUCCGGCGUCGAGCAAGGGAAGGGCGAUAAGCGACAAGACUUGGGAAUGGAACAAGCAGCAGAGAAAAUGGUCCGAAGCAGCAAGCGAGGGAUGUUGGGACUCUUCUUGUAGUCCGCUAGUCGUAGUAUCUUCAUGAGCCAAAACAAAAGAGGCCGGGCGCGGGGACGGUGAGAUGGGGCGGGGAGGGGGGGUCUGGAUUCAAAUAGGGGACUUUUCAACUGGUCUCUGGCUGCUGGCUGUGUGUGUCUUUGUCAAUCAGCUUGUGAACUGGUUCGAUGACCGCCACUGGCCGGAAUUGCUGCGACGCGGUUGGCCCAUUCCGAAAGGCAUGACGCAAAGGGGGUUGCCAGGGAGGGCUUAAUUGGCAGAAAAUUGUUCACCGCCUGCCUCUUUUCCCUUCCUUUUUUAUUUUAGGUCGUGGCUGACAGCUCAGCGCGAGCUUGUGAUUGCGGGCCUUCCGUAACCACACACGGCUCGCCUCGGCCAUCGCCGUUCAAACCUCCGUUCACCGAGGUCGCCAAGCCAUCUCGGCCAUAAUCGACAUACAGAAUCUCUCAUUCACCGAGGCUCUUAUCAACAUAUCAGACCUUAUCUCCGUGAGGGCCUCCUCCUCGCUCUGGAAAUAUCCUCACAUUGAUCACAAGACUCUGCCGAGGCUUGAAGAGCAACGGCUCCUGAUAAUGCGAUAAUUACCUGCCCAUGCGCUGAGAAUUUCUGCAAUACCACCAUGCCUCGGCCUUCAACACCAAGGCUGUUAUCGCGAAUACCACAGUGAAUAUGGCGAUCGUUCCAAUACGAGAUGGUAUCAACGGACCCCGGAGCACCGGAUGCCGGCCCAGGACUUGAGCCGCAUCAUUUGGACGUCCGUGACAGAAUCCCCUCGUGCUGUAGCCAGGGUCGGGCCGCUGCUUGGACGCCGGUGUUGCUGGGACAUGCGUUUCUGCAGGAUCAAUACCUACAGGAUGAAUGGGGCUUCAACAUGCACACAUGGUGGAAGUGCAUAAGCUCACUGCCAAACCAUUCGCUUCUCGGGGUCGUCUGGAGUUGAUAUAUAACACCACCACCGUUGGUACAGAAUCAAAGUGGUGGUUGUCGAGUCAGAACCAUCACCGUUGGAGGUCAUCAAGGUUCACCAUCGGCUGACCUCUGCGAUUCUUUUGCGAUCUCUCAGGUGUUGCUCGAUCAGGACUUUGUCGACUUUCGACUCUGGAUUUUGCCUAGGGAAUAGGGCUGUUGCAUAGGUACCCUGUUCUCGCUUUAUCGUUGAAACAAAGAUCGAUACCACGAUGCUAUCGUUCCAACGUUCCAAGAUGUGCUUCGGUUUCGGUCACCUAUAAGAGUUCCGAACAGCUACCUGUCGUGAGGCUUGUAUGUUGCCAAGAUGCCGCCGAGGACAUCAACAGAUCAAGUUCCAGCCGCAGCAGGGGGGGCCACGGGGCGGGGGUCAACAAGCGGUCUGGACUCUACGGCGUGCAAUUCGCCAAGCCCCUCGAUUCUGCGUGAUGUCAUCGAACAUGGGCGCUGAGAUGCGCUAAAACAUGCGGGGCACCGGGCGACGCCUCUCCUAAUAUUUCUCACUCCGGCCUCGUCACCACCAUCACCAUCAGGCGGAAACAACGUGGGAUCAUUCAAGGGGAACACGGAAAGCUGCUCCGAUAGACAAGUGGAUGGCAGUUUGACACGGGUUUUGACACGCGGAACCACCGGAGCUCAUAAAGGAGGCUCGCCACCUAUCACAAUGUUUUGGGAUCCAACCAAACUGCCCCGCUAUCGAGUCUCAGGAGGCUCGAAGCACCCACCAUUUAUAUAGGGAACGGGCGAAAAUAUCGGACUCUCUCGGUGUCGGUGCUCACCUUGGAGCGGGAUGGAAGAGAUUCUGCUUCAGGUGCCGCUCCGAUCGGGCUUGAUGGAUAGGUUGGUGCCAUUGAAAAUUGAAACCAACAAGGACCCCGCCGGGCCGCACUGUCGGUUGCCCGCUUGUGCCUGUCAAUCUGACGACAUUACAGUAUUCUUGGAUAUCGCAGGCCCAUGCAUAGGCCUACGAGCCGGGGCGUUCUGCGCCUUUGAACUUCCAUUUCCGUCUUUUCUCUCCAAGCCUCUGGACAAUCCCAUGGGACCUGCAGGCUGCAGACAGCGGCGUAGGUUUCCAAGUGCCCUGUUACUGUUUGCUGCUCCCACAACCCCUGCCUCUCAGGAGGUUGAAUAGGAAUGGCUUCACCCCAUCCAUGCCUUCCAACUUUUCUGCAUCUGCUUUCUUCCCUGCAUAGAGACCCAUACUCUUACAGUGCUGCUGUUCCCUGCUUUUCAGCUCUAACGAUCCAAACCCGCACGAAGCUGUCCGAGAACCACAGAACCAAGCUCCGCUAAGCUGCCGAUUCCCUAGCGCCUCGCGAUUGACACGCAGGCCAACCUAACCUUGGUGUCAGACGGUUCCGCCCACAGGUAGCGAACCAGCUUUCGACGUGGCUUGUCACGACAGGGUGUCGGACUACUCUUUCGAAUCGUACUUAGCUCGGGGUAGAGCUCUCUCUGUGAUGUCCUCGCGACUUCUGCGCUCUCUCUGCCUCUGUUUCUGUCUCAUCUGGUGCUUUUCAGACAGAAGGAGGUAGAUCAUCUGCCUUUUUGGCACCAUUUGGACCCGACGCGGGGCAACGUCCAUCACCAUUGGUACCUUACGGAUACCGUACCUCGACUAGCUGCAUCUACAGCUCCCUAUUAGCUCCCAAGUUCGCCCCCCUUUUUUUUUUCCUUCUUUCACCAUGAUCCCCAAAACCAUGGUUUCCAACGAGGUUUACCUGCUGCCUCUCAACGAUGAUGGCUCGCCCCAGGUCGCCGGCGAGUACAUCUAUCUGGCACCCAAGACCAACGACCCCGUGACCAUUCGAUUUGCCAUCGAGGGCACAUCGAGCAUCUGCCGCCAUGGCAGCUUGUGGGUCAACAUUCCCGAACAGGGACAAGAGUUCCGCCGGGACAAGUUUCGAGAGUUCAAGCUUGUCCCCGAUUUCAACCGCACACUUGAGAUCUCGAUCCCCAUCUACGAAGCCGGUGCUUAUGCCUUUUACACCACAUACGCCGAGCUGCCCGACCUUGCAAACAACUUGAAGCCUCAGACAAAUGGCAAUGCCAAGGUCCAGACCAAACAGACACCAACAUACUACAUCGAUGUUGCACCACGGCUUUCUCUCGAUGGUCAACCGCUGCCGCUGCCUGCACUGUCCGUAUUCUCUAUUAUUAGCAAGUUUAUGGGCAAGUAUCCCAAUGACUGGGAGAAACAUCUCCGUGGCAUCAGCGACAGGGGCUACAACAUGGUCCACUUCACGCCACUGCAAGUGAGAGGUGACUCGAAUUCCCCAUACAGUCUCUACGAUCAGCUCGGGUGGGACCCAGUCUGUUUCCCUGGGGGUGAGAAGGAUGUGAAGAAGUUGGUCGACAGCCUCGAAAAGAACCACUCUCUUCUCAGCUUGACCGACAUUGUCCUCAACCACACAGCACACAACAGCGAGUGGCUUCUGGAGCACCCAGAAGCUGGCUACAAUCUCACUACAGCACCAUGGCUCGAGUCGGCAUAUCUUCUGGACACCAAGCUGCUCGAGUUGGGCUUCAAGCUGGGAGACCUCGGGUUGCCUACGGAACUCAAGUCUGUUGACGAUUUGGUGCUGAUCAUGGGUGCGAUCAAGAAGGAGGUCAUUGCUGAGAUCCGCCUCUGGGAGUACUAUGUUCUGGACGUCGAACGGGAUGCUGAUGCGGCUGUCGAAUCUUGGGUCGUUGGCCGGACCAACUUCCCAGACGGUUCCAUCGGCAGCCAUGGUCUAGACGGCCUUCGCUCUACUUCCCUUGAGGAACAAGCGCAAUGGAUCACCAAGCACGGUCUUCAAAACAUGGAUCGUCUAGGAGAGCGUUUUAGGAGGCGUGCCGACCCCAGUGUGGCUGCGGCCCUCUUAUCCGUUCUGUUUGGCAAGUACGAAGGCAGCAAGGGCAGCGUUGCCGACCAAGCCGCUGCUCGCAACGCCCUUGUCAAGAUCCUAGACGUUGUCAAUGUGCCCUUCUACGAGGAAUACGACGCUGAAGUUGCCGAUACUCUCCAGCAGGUCUUCAACCGUAUCAAGUAUGUCCGGUUGGAUGACAACGGCCCAAAGCUUGGACCGAUCAACCAGGCGAACCCCUUGAUUGAGACCUACUUCACUCGUCUGCCUCUGAAUGAGAAGACCAAAAAGCACAGGAAGGAGGACUUGGUGCUUGUGAACAACGGCUGGGUCUGGGGUGGAGAUGCUCGGGUCGACAAUGCCGGCCCUGAAUCCCGAGUCUACCUUCGCCGUGAGGUUAUCGUCUGGGGUGAUUGCACCAAACUCAGAUAUGGUGCCGGGCCUCAAGACAGCCCAUGGCUGUGGGAACACAUGACCAAGUAUGCUCGCAUGUUAGCCAAGUACUUUGCCGGCUUCCGCAUUGACAACUGCCACUCGACUCCUCUUCACGUUGCCGAGCACAUCCUCGACGAGGCUCGCCGCGUGAGACCUAAUCUAUAUGUUGUCGCCGAGCUCUUUACGGGCUCCGAGGAGUUGGACUAUGUCUUUGUCAAGAGACUUGGCAUCAGCUCUCUCAUUCGUGAAGCCAUGCAGGCGUGGAGCACUGGCGAGCUGAGUCGUCUUGUUCAUCGUCAUGGUGGUCGCCCCAUUGGCAGCUUCGAGGUGGAUGAGAUCUCGAGUGCGGAUGUUCGCAGUGGCUCCAAGACCAACGACACAAACGGUACCAAUGGUACGAACGGACAUUACACACGUGAGAUCAUUCGCCGCAUCAAGCCAGUUCCUGUCCAGGCACUCUUCAUGGACUGCACCCACGAUAACGAGGUUCCUGCUCAGAAGCGCGAUGCCCGUGACACGUUGCCCAAUGCUGCCCUUGUCAGCAUGUGCGCGAGUGCCACCGGCAGCGUCAUGGGUUACGACGAGAUCUAUCCUCGUCUGAUCGAGCUUGUCCACGAGACCAGACUGUACACAUCCGAAUCAUCCAAGUUCCCAGUCAAGGUCGGCGAAGGCAAGGGUGGCAUCGCUGGUGUCAAGAAGCUUCUCAACCAGAUCCACACCCUGAUGGGUAUGGAUGGUUAUGAUGAGACGCAUAUCCACCACGAAGAUCAGUAUGUCACUGUUCACAGAGUUCACCCAGUAUCUCGCAAGGGAUACUUCCUCAUUGCCCAUACCGCGUUUCCGGGAUAUGGAAACGGGAAUGGCGCUUUCAACCCCGUCCACCUGACCGGCACCAAAGCCAAACACCUUGGUAGUUGGAUGCUCGAGGUUGAUGCAAGCAAAGAGGCUGUGGAAGAGGUUCUGAGCGACAAGAAGCUGCUCCGUGGCCUUCCCAGUCGUCUUAUUGGUCUCCCUGGCGUUCGUAUGGAGGUCAAGGGCCAAGACACCAUUAUCACUGUCCGCGAAAAGUUCCCUCCUGGCAGCAUUGCGCUCUUUGAGACUUGGAUCCCCGCGGCGGAGCACUCGAGUGGUUUGGACACCUUUGUCACGUCCGGAGCCAAGGCCGCGAUGGCCGAGCUUGACCUGGUUGAUCUCAACUUCCUUCUGUAUAAGUGCGAGCCGGAAGAACGUGACGCCAGCGAAGGGAGAGAUGGCGUCUAUGACAUUCCCGGACAUGGCAAGCUUGUCUAUGCUGGUCUUCAGGGCUGGUGGAGCAUCAUGAAGGAUAUCAUCAGGGACAAUAACCUGGCUCACCCACUGUGCCAAAACCUUCGUGAUGGACAGUGGGCGCUGGACUAUACCCUGGGUAGACUUGAGCGUGCGGCCAAGAAGGAGAACUUCAAGCGGUUGGGUAAGCCUGCUGCCUGGCUCAAGGAGCGGUUCGAUGCCAUCCGUGGUAUUCCUAGCUUCCUUCUCCCGCGGUACUUUGCCCUGGUUCUCAGGACUGCGUACAUGGCUGCAUUCGAAAGGGGCAUUUCCCUCAUGAACAACAAUGUUCAGAAGGGGCAAUGGUUCCUCCAAAGCCUCAGCAUGGUGAGCGUUCAGCAGACUGGUCUUGUCAAGUCCGCCUCGCUUUACCCUGAUCGCCUGGUCCCAUCGCUCGCUGCUGGCCUUCCUCACUUUGCUGUUGAAUGGGCUCGCUGCUGGGGACGCGACGUCUUCAUCUCUCUCCGUGGUCUCUACCUCGGUACCGGUCGCUUCGAUGAGGCCAAGGAACACAUCCGUGCCUUUGCUAGUGUGCUGAAGCACGGCAUGAUCCCCAACCUUCUUGGUAGUGGUAACACUCCGCGAUACAACGCCAGAGACUCUGUUUGGUUCUUCUUGCAGUGCAUCCAAGACUACACUCGGAUCGUUCCUGAUGGGCUGUCGCUGCUUGACGAGAAGGUCAAGAGACGGUUCCUGCCAUAUGACGACGCCUACUUUGAUACCGCCGACCCUCGUGCCUACAGCAAGGAGAGCACCAUCCGCGAGAUCAUCCAGGAGGUUUUCCAGCGCCACGCCGAGGGCAUGAAGUUCCGCGAGGCCAAUGCCGGCCCUAACCUCGACAUGCAGAUGAGUGACAAUGGCUUCAACCAAGAGAUCAAGGUCGACUGGUCCAACGGUUUUGUGUUCGGUGGCAACCAAGACAAUUGCGGCACUUGGAUGGACAAGAUGGGCGAAAGCGAAAGAGCUCGCUCCAAGGGCGUCCCGGGCACUCCCCGUGACGGCGCCGCCGUUGAGAUCACCGGUCUGUUGUACAGCGGUCUCAAGUGGUUUGCCUCCCUCCACGAACAAGGAAAACACGACCAAUCCGGCGUCAGAAAAGCCGACGGCUCAACCAUCACCUUCAAGGACUGGGCCGCUCUCAUCAAGAAGAACUUUGAGCGCUGCUACUUUGUCCCCAUCUCUUCCGAAGACGACAAGGACUACGACGUCAACCCUGCCAUCAUCAACCGCCGUGGCAUCUACAAGGACUUGUACAAAUCCGGCAAGGAAUACGAGGACUACCAGCUCCGUCCCAACUUCCCCAUUGCCAUGACCGCCGCCCCGGAUCUGUUUGUCCCUGAGCAUGCCAUGCACGCGCUUUGCAUUGCGGACUCUGCUCUUCGCGGCCCGACGGGCAUGGCUACGCUUGACCCAAGCGAUUUGAACUAUAGGCCUUAUUACCGCAACAGUGAGGACAGUGAUGAUUUUGCGACGAGUAAAGGGAGGAACUAUCACCAGGGGCCGGAGUGGCUGUGGCCUACGGGGUUCUUCUUGAGGGCGCUGCUCAAGUUUGAUCUGAUGAGAAGGGGGAAGGAGGAUGCGGAGGGAAGGACGGAGGCGUUCCAGCAGGUGACGAGGAGACUGAUUGGGUGUAAAGAGAUGAUUGAGCAGAGCCCGUGGGCGGGGUUGACCGAGUUGACGCAGAAGGGGGGGGAGGAGUGUGCUGAUUCUUCACCUACUCAGGCUUGGUCGGCGGGUUGCUUGAUUGAUCUUUAUAUGGAUGCUGCGGAGGAGCAGGCGAUUUUGGAGGCGAAGAGUUUGCCUCUGAGGUAGCUUGUUGGUUGGUGGUGGUAGCCAUGAUGAUGAUGAUGACGACGGAACACGGGUGGAGGUCUUUUGUUUUCUUCGAGGGGGUGGUGGAACAGGUAUAAAAACAGACAUAGCAUAGAAUGGGUAAAUUGGAAUGGGAAAUGGGUACAGUCGAUGCCGAGAUAUUGGGGCUUUUGUGGUGCAUGCGGAUUACGUUGCCUAGCAAAGAACUUUUGGAUCGAUCCCUCUUGGAUACUCUCUUGAUGACC